GUGUGUGUGUGUGUGUGUGUGUGCAGAUCAGUGGGACGGCCACAGACCAACUGGCCGGUUCAUUUCUCUACUUCUCUCUGCCUGAGCAGGACCUUGCUUCAUCACCUCUCUUGACUACUGGAAUAUACACUGAGUGAUCCGCGCUACCUGGACUUGCUUUGAGAUCCACGCUUGUGUGUGUGUGUGUGUGUGGGCGUCUCACUGCGGAGCUAGUUGGGUUUAGAGACGAAGGAUGCGUGCCGGGCGCGUGGGGUGGCGCUGGCGGGCGAGAGUGUGAGCGCUAGGCUACGCUGCCUGCGGAUGCCACACACAGCUGAGGGGAUGAGACUGGCCAAGGGCUCUGCCACCCUGCUUCUGCUCCUGCUGGGGUCUGUGGCCCUGGCAACAGCAGGCAUGGCACCACCACAGGAAUGCUGGGAAGGACGGGCAUGGGCCAGAGGCAACUGGAGCUGCAUCGCUCCGGAUCCCUUUCUCAUCUUUGGAUAUGGGAAUGCAAUAUUCCGCAUGGACCUGGAUGGGCUGGACCAGAAGCGAGUGGUAUCCAAAGCUGGAGCGUCGGCGUUCCUGGACUUCCACCUGCAGUCCGGAGCGGUGUACUGGGCCGGCGGAGAGACUGGCGUCAUCAGUAGAGCUGCCAUCGACGGGACGCAGAGAGAAAAGCUUCUUGUUACAGAGAAAGGAAUCUCAGGCUUGGCAGUGGACUGGGUUCACAACGUUCUCCUGUGGACCAAUCAGGAGACAGGAACCAUUCACAAGGCCAACCUAAAUGGCAAAGACAAGAGGACCCUUCUAAGACAGCUCUCCCAACCCAGCAGUAUAGUCACUGAUCCAAACGAAAGGUUCAUAUUUUGGCUGUCAGAUGUGGUCAGUCCGAGUAUCCAGCGUGCAGACGUGAACGGGGAGAUGGGCACAACGGUUUUGAAGAUCCCGGACCGGCUGGAGACACUGACCAUCGACUACUCGGACCGAAGGCUGUUCUGGAUCCAGCAAGGCUCAGAGAACCACAGGGCCAUCGGGUCAUGUGACUACAAUGGGAACGUAAUCAAUGUCUUCAACCAAGCUUUACAAUCAAAAACCGUCAGGAUGUCCGUGUUCCUGGACUUUGUGUACGUCACGGAAUCAACAUCACAGAGCAUCAUAAGACUGGACAAGUACACAGGGGGUGCCGUGGAGACCGUUAACUCCAAACAUCUGUUGCACCCCCCUGGAAAUAUCAAAGUGGUACAUCCCCUUCAGCAACCUGUGGUGGAGAAAGUGGUUCACUCCACUUUAGAAUGUGUGGUGGUGUUGUUUCCAGAGUGUGAUGAGCGGUCGGGUGACUGUGUGAGGGUGUGCUCUGCCCGAGGGGGGGAAGGACAGUGUCACUGCAGAAAUGGCUUCGCCCUCAGUCAACAUGGCAACUUCUGCGAAGAUAUAAACGAGUGUGCCCUCUGGAACCAUGGAUGCUCCCUUGGCUGUGAGAACGUUCCGGGCUCCUACUUCUGCACCUGUCCCCAUGGUUACCUCCUGCUGCCAGACCAGAGGACCUGCCACGAGCGGAAGCCAUGUGUGGAGAAUACUACGCUGUGUGAGCAUGCUUGCGUACACACACAGGAGGGAGAUGUGUGUGUGUGCGCAGAGGGGUCUAUCCUGCAGCCAAAUGGACACUCCUGCUCAGGGUGCACUGCUGCAGACAGAGGCAGGUGUAGUCAGGUGUGUGUGCCUCUUGGACCAGGCCGCUGGGAGUGUGAGUGCGCACCUGGAUACAAGCUUCAGCCAGAUGGAAAGCGCUGCACUGCCACAGGACCUCCUCCUUACCUGCUCUUUUCGAACCUGGUGGACAUCCAGCGCCUGAAGAUAGACGGAACUGAGGGUGGGAAGGUCCUAGAAGAACCCAGAGGAACCAUAAUUGCCCUGGACUACGACCCUGUAGAGAGCAAGGUAUAUUUCUCCAGCACGGGUCUGGGCCGGAUUGAGAGGGCAGAUCUGGACGGAGGUGCCCGCGAGGUGGUGGUGUCUGCUGGGCUGGACUCCCCCGAGGGUGUAGCAGUGGACUGGAUCAACCGCAAGCUCUACUGGACCGACUCAGGGCUCCCCAGCAUCUCCCGCUGCAGUCUCCACGGCCACCACAGGGAGGUGCUCAUAGACAAGGACAUCCACAAGCCCCGCGGCAUCGCUGUGCACCCCCAAGCCCAGAAGCUGUUUUGGACAGACAUGGGCGGGCAGCCCUGUGUGGCUGCGGCGGGGCUCGACGGCAGCGGCCGCGUGCUGAUCGCGCGUGAGGGUCUGUUGUCUCCCAGUGGCCUGGCGCUGGACCAGCAUGCCGAGCGGCUCUACUGGUGUGACCUGCAGAGAGGGGCUGUGGAGUCCGCCGACCUGGACGGGUCCAACCGGCACACACUGACCCAGACGCAAGUAGGUCACCCGUUCGGCCUGGUCGCGUUCGAGGACUCUCUCUGGGUGUCUGACUGGCAGGGGAAACAGCUCCUCAGGCUGCAGAAGACCCACGGAGCCCAAACACCCCAGCGCUUCAGAGCCAACAUGGUCCAACCUGCGGGGCUGGUCAUCGUACACCCCCUCGCCAAGCCAGGGGCAGAUAUGUGUCUCCAUCACAAUGGGGGUUGUGCCCAGCUAUGUGACAGCAGGCUUGGAUUGGCUCAUUGCUCCUGUCAUUCACAGUAUAGCCAAUCAGCCGAUGGCAAAGGUUGUGUGCCAGCCAGUGAAUUCACCACAUGGGCAGAGUCUGGGGAUGGGGAGUCAAGUGCCCAGCUGCAAAAGAAGACUCUGAAUGAUGAGGGCUUCCCUUUGCCUCUCCCUGACCUCCCAGAGCCCACGCUCAUCACCGAGAAGAUGGUGUCAGACCAGGAUGACUGUUUUUCUCUGCGGUGUGAUGUGAAUGCUCAGUGUGUUCUUGAGGGGGGACAUGUGGUCUGUCGCUGUCUGCCAGGCUUCACUGGAAAUGGAGAGCUGUGUGUGGAUAUCGACGAGUGCACUGCGGAACUGUCAGAGUGUGUGAGGCCAUUGUCAGAGUGUGUGAACACAGUAGGUGGUCACUUCUGCAGAUGCAGCUCCGGUUUCAGUGGGGAUGGACACCAUUGCACAGACAUUGAUGAGUGUAGGCUGGAGUUGCAUCGCUGUCAUGAGCAUGCAGAGUGUGUGAACAUCGUGGGGAAAUACACCUGCAUCUGCGCAGCAGGAUACACUGGCACAGGUUUUACAUGCCAGGAGCUAAAGGGCUCCCCCUCCUGGUUGACUACGGUAAGCCCAGUUGUUGUGACAACAGCUGGCAAGAAGGAGUUAUGCCCGUCCACUCAUGACACCUACUGCAUGUAUGAGGGAGUGUGUUUCUACUUCCCUGAGAUGGAGUCCUAUGCCUGCAACUGUGUGUCUGGUUUUAUGGGGGAGCGCUGCCAGUUCAGCGAUCUGGAGUGGUGGGAGGUGCAGCAGGCCGAACAGGAGAAGAGGAGGAACGCCGCCAUCGUUGUCUGCCUCGUGCUGCUUAUCGCCGUGCUGGCCGGAGCAGCCAUUCUUACAUACCACUAUGGGACCAGAAGGCUGAGGAGAAGACAACACCCAUCAGUGGACAACAUGAGUGAGAGAAGUACUAGUGAGGACAGCAUCUCUGAGACCCCCACAGCAGGGACCCCACGGUUUUAUGUGGUCCUGGAGCAUGGAGCAUGUGUAGAUGGUAAAGUGGUUCAUGUUGUGGGAUGCCCGAGAAGACAGGUGUGUCCAUCGUGCUCCUCUGAGACAGAUGAUAGUAUGGUGUCAGAUGAACCUGGUGUUGGGGCGUCCCCCUCAGAGCAGCGGAAAUUUGGGGCUGGCUGCCCCCCAUCUCCAACGGACGCUUGCAGGUCAGAGGUCAGCAGGAGGCACCCCGAUAACCUGAUCCUCCUGGACGAACCGAGACCCCCCAGCCCCUGCCUCUUGUGAGGCCCCUGCCCCUGCCUCUUGUGAGGCCCCAGCCCCUGCCUUCAGUGAGGCCCCAGCCCCUGCCUUCUGUGAGGCCCCAGCUCUUUCCAUGUGACACUACAAAUGGAGAAGAUUCAAAUGAAAGAAUGGAUGUGGGGAGACAAAUAUAUGGACAAAAAAAAGAAAAAAGAAAAAUAUUGUAGUUGUUGAUUGUAUUCCUUCUGAGUUGAGAAUGCUGUAAACACUGUAAAUGUGCCACGUGUGAGGACAGUGGAGGGGAGGAUGCUGAGGCUCACACACACACACACACACACACACGUGUGGGGACAGUGGAGGGGAGGAUGCUGAGGCUCCCCAGAGAUCUGUGUGGGGUCUGACUCCUUCUCAAAGCUGUCAGAAGAGGAGAAGAGUUGUGUGUGUGUGUGAGUGUGAGUGUGUGUGUGUGUGUGUGUUUGUGGGUGUGUGCAGUGAGGGGCAUAGAGUACAGUGGCACAAAGGACACAAGAGCACAGGAGGUGUGUGUGUGUGUGUGUGUGUGUGUGUGUGUGUGUGUGUGUGUGUGUGUGUGUGUGUGUGUGUGUGUGUGUGUGUGUGUGUGUGUGUUGUGUGUGUGUGUAUUGGGAGGUAGGGGGUUGAGAAAGUCAGGGGAUUUUAGCUUCUAUUCUAUCAAUUGCAUCUAACCCUACAAUGGAUCUUACACACAGAUCCAUAGGUGUGUGUGGAUCUUACACACACAGAUCCAGAGGGGUGUGUGCUGAUGUGUGAAGGCAGACAUUCCUCAAUGUAAAUACCAUUAAUCAGACAACUGUGUUUUUCACAGCCCUUCAGUAUAAUUCCUGUAAUGCAUCGCUGCGGUUUGUAAGAAGGCUCAAUGGCUCCCGGUUAAUCCAUCACCUUCUUGUGCAAAGUACUUCACAAUUGACCUGAUAUUCUGAAUUUGCUUUAUUUAGAUUGAAAAAAAAUGACUUCUCCUUCUGAAGCUGUACAUUUUCUGAGUUCUGUCUCGUUCUGCUGUGGUAGAUGCUAAGAUGGGCGUGGCCCCUGGAGUGAAUUGGGCCGGAGCAGAUCUGUGCAGACCUGCCAUCUGAGGUGUGUUCAAAUUCGGCAAACAGAGGCCACAUGUUUUCUUUUAACUUUAAAAUUAGAAAGUUCCAAAUUGUUCGAUGUAAACGGUAACCCUGUCGAUGUUUGUUCGCCGAGAACUACCUGCUCAGACCGUUUGUGUGUCUGUCGCAAAUGUUCUCAGUGCACUCAAAGCAAACGAAAAAUAUUUUGAAGACGUUUGCCUUUGUUUGUUAUUUUGAACACACCUCUGGGUCACUUGACUCUCUCACAUGAAACAAUAUGACGGUGAAUCAUGAGAAAGACACCGAGAAAAAGAGGAAGACAAUGAGACUGAGAAAAAGAGGAAGACAAUGAGACUGAGAAAAACAGGGCAAUGAGAGGGGAAAAGAGAGAGAGAGAAAGCGAGUGAGUAAUGAGGAGACAAUGAAAAGAUAUAUUCCUACAUAAUAUUGAGCAUUAACAUGAUACAAUGUGAACUGAUCCAACCCUUGUCGAGCCGACAGAUGUUGGUGACUAAUGAUGUGUGCAGUUAGACAGAGAAGACUGCUGCAGUGGCGUUCCUGCAGUGGCCGUUUCUCGUGUUGUUAUGGCGUUCGUUUAUGUAUUUAUUUUGACACACCACAGGACAAACUUAACAUUGGGCUCCUUAUUUAUCAGAAGCAUCCAGGACACGUUGCAGCAGACAUGUUCAACACGUUAUAACCAACCCAAUAUCAGUCAGUGGUUCAACAUUGUCCUUUAUCACAGAGAAACUGUUUUAAAAGAUGAAAUGCUUGCGUUAAUAGGGCCAACAGCAGAAAUCCAGGACAGAAACAUCAUAGAGUCUAACAGAAGAUGUCUAGAUUAUUAGAAUGAACAUGCUGUAGAAUACGAAUACUAGUGUUGCUUCUGAAUUCUGUUGUUGAAUUCUGAAUACUGCUAUUCAUAAUUAUCUGUUCUUUUUUUUCCCAGCCAAUUGUAAGUGUAUGCUAAUUCAAAAGAACAAACCUCUUUCAGAAAUCCAAUUUGCAACUGGUAUCAGUUUUCAAGUGAUUCCUUGCCCUGAUUGUAGUAGGCUGGUAGAGUAGGCUUUGGCUGUGUUUGUUCUGCAGCAGCUAAUGAGGAAACCUUUCCAGAGCCAUAAAGGCCCUCUGAUGAAGGGUCGUUGUGUUGGGGAGAAUGGAGCUCUGCAAAACAGCACACUGCAUCCAUGCAACAUCUCUGUUUCCUAACGUGUAGAAAUAAAGGCUUUGUCAUACCACA